AUGGCUUUAAGCUCCCGAGCUCACGCCUUCUCCGUGGAAGCCUUGGUGGGCAGAUCGACCAAAAGGAAACUCCGAGACUUGCGGGAUGAGCAACCCGCUCAGGAUCUGCUGGAGAAAGGCGAGGAGGAAGAAGAGGAGGAGGAGGAGGAGGAAGAGGACGAAGACAGAGAAGCCGGGAUGGCGAGGAAAGUCGAGGAAUCGGAGAAGAGAGCCAAAGCGGAGGCUUCGAUGGCCGCCUUCUCCGGAGGGCCCGAAGGUACGGAAGAGAGAGAGAACGUGCAGGCAGAGUUGCAAGGCUCGGAGUUGUGGCAGAGAUUCCAUGAGAUCGGGACUGAGAUGAUCAUCACGAAAGCCGGCAGGCGAAUGUUCCCUUCCGUUCGCGUCAAGGUGAAGGGGCUGGACCCCGCCAAACAGUAUUACAUCGCCAUCGACGUGGUGCCGGUGGACUCCAAAAGAUACAGAUACGUGUACCACAGCUCCCAGUGGAUGGUGGCCGGGAACACGGACCACUCUUGCAUCACUCCCAGGCUCUACAUCCACCCAGACUCCCCCUGCUCCGGAGAGACCUGGAUGAGGCAGAUCGUCAGCUUUGAUCGCGUCAAACUCACCAACAAUGAGAUGGACGACAAAGGACAUAUUAUCCUGCAGUCCAUGCACAAGUACAAACCUCGAGUGCACGUCAUCGUGCAAGACAGCCGCUUCGACCUCGCCCAAAUCCAGUCGUUGCCGGCGGAAGGGGUCCAGACGUUCUCCUUCCCAGAAACGGAAUUCACCACGGUGACGGCCUACCAAAACCAGCAGAUCACCAAGCUGAAAAUAGAUCGAAACCCUUUUGCCAAAGGAUUUCGAGAUCCCGGAAGAAACAGGGGCGUCUUGGACGGACUUUUAGAGACCUAUCCGUGGAGGCCGCCUCUCACCCUGGACUUCAAAACCUUUGGGGCCGAAACACAAAGUGGAAGCAGCAGUGGCUCCUCCCCAGUGACCUCCAAUGGUGGGCCUCCCUCUCCUCUGAACUCCUUCCUUUCUCCACCUUGCUCACCACCUACAUUUCAUCUAUCAUCCGGCACUCUUGGAAUGCCCUGUUCCGAAACCUACUUACACAACUUCAGCUUGCCUCUUUGCUACAAGAUUUGCCCAAGCAAUCUUUUGAGAACACCACCUCUUGUGUUUCCCACUCCUGAAAAGCCUGGAAGCACCAAUCCUCAUUCUCUGCCUCCUUUCAUGAUGGAGGUUCCCAUGUUAUCCUCUCUAGGAAUCCCCAACUUGAAAAACAGCAAAGCUGAAGACUUAAGUGGGCAGUGUCUGCAAAUGCCCCAUCCUGCCAAUCCAACACUGUAUGGGUUACACGCGCCUGCAAAUGUGUUCCCAUCGACUCCUAUUGCCCGAGAAGCCUUUGGUUGUUCUUUACAUCCUUCCUAUGGCUUUUAUGGCUAUAAUUUCCCCAUGCCAUCCAGACUGAUGAAUGCAGCCAGCCAUUUCCGAGUGAGCCACGGCAUUCCAGCUUCCUAUCGAGAUGGCAGAUGCAACCACUCUCACUGGCAUCCGACAAUUAACCACUGCCUCUAACGUAAUUUUACAAGUUCAGAGAAGGACACAUCCUUAUUUGGGAGGGCACCAUCAACAAAAGCUGAUGAAAAGGAGCUUGAUACAUCAGUGCUACAUUGUUAGAAGCCAUUGCUCUCCUGAAGUUCCUUCCCCCAAAGGGAUCGGAUGACUAUUUCAUACUUUACAACAGCAUGGGGAACCAUCCCAGCUGGAAGACCUACGUAAUCAUUUACGCAGGCCAUGAUGAGCUGAAAGCUGUGCAACAACCUCCCACUGCUUGGGUUCUAUAAAUUGAUCAUUUUGUACGGCCUAUGAAUAUGUAUAGCAGAAAGAAGAUUCCCCACCCUUGCUUAAAAGUAAACACUCCAGAGAAAGAAAUUUGAAGAAAUAACACAGGAUUUUCAAAGGUGACUUUAGGAGAUGGAAAACUGCUUUCUACUCCAUGAACUGGACUAUGUGUGUUCCAUCGAUCCCCACUUACACUAGAACUGUACCUGCCUUUUGCCCCACCCCCAGCUUUUUCCCACAGCAAGUUCUGUCUCCUUCCCCAAAAGGAUUUACUUCUCACUGUGUGCAGUAUAGAGCAAAGGCCUUUACCCGCGAUGACCUCUGUGGCCACUCUGGAAGGGGAUUCGACUGUCCUUGCAAACCAUUCAUUUGCACUCCCUGCUAACAAGCUCAAUGCGAAGGGACAAACAAGGACAAAAAGCUUUAGACUUUUCAUGAAACUCUGUAGCUGCUCCCUUUAAUUACCUUGACGAUAAAAUCUGAACAUUUAAUGCUGAAGGAAAGCAAGAUAAAUGAAAAGCAAAAGCCUCUGAAAUAGAUCUGAUGUUUGGUUUCCUUUUAUUUGUUUGGGAAUCAUUCCGACAUGAAGCCUGUUUACUUGCCCUUAACUCACUUGCUAUCUUAGACAGACUCUUGCCAAAAAGAAAAAAAAAAGAAGUGACUGAAGUUCUCCAUGAAGAAGAAUGAGGGAGUCUGAGUGAAGGGAGGGAUGAAGACAUUUGAGCCCACAGAUAUGAAAAUGGCAUGAAAUUGGUUGAAAUAGACUAGAUAAAAGUAAUAACAUAAAAAGAGUGUAAAUAAUAUAUAUUCAUCUUAAGCUUAGGAAUCUUGCAUUUCUCCCCUUAUGUGAUCUUAAAACACCUUUCAUAGACAUGUUGAAAGAAAUAUAUGGAUAAUCUGUCAAAUGGGAUGUAAAGACAAAUCCAAUUCUGCUUUCGCAUGGCACUAGAUCUAGUCACUUUAUUAAGGAGAGGCCCUUGAAUGGACCUGCUAUGACUUUGAACAAGUCCUUCUCUCUCCUCCCAUUCCCAACUUACUCAGCAAACUUGAACUAGACAUUUUUGUUGUUGUUCAGUCUUUUCAAUCAUGUCCAAUUAUUCGUGACCCCAUUUGGGGUUUUCUUAGCAAAGAGAUUGGAGGGGUUUGCUAUUUCCUUUUCUAGCUCAUCUUACAGAGGAGGAAACUGAGGCAGAAUGAAGUGAAUUGCCCAGGAUCACAUCAAUGACUUUUAUUUCAUUGUUACUCUUUCCCAAAUAUACAUCUAAUGUGGAAGUACAUUCCAAAAAACUCUAUUGCAACUUUUACUUUUGGAUGGGGAUGGGAUGGGGAGGAAGAAGUCAGACUACUGUGGUACUGAAAUCAAAUACUCAAGUCAUCUGAGAAGAAUUCAUAUUUGGUGCCUAGACAAAUGUUGUAUCUGCGCUAAGGUGUUAUCCAGUUGUGUCCCAUUCUUUAUGAUCCCAUUUGGGGUUUUCCUGGAAGAGAUACCGGAGUAGUUUGCCAUUUCUUUCUCCAGCUCCUUUUAUAGAGGAGGAGGCCGAGGCAAACAGGGUGAAGUGAUUUGUCUGGGGUCACACAUCUAAUAUCUCGGGCCAGAUUUGAACUCAGGAAGAUGAGUCUUUUUGGCUUCAGGCUUGGUGUUUUAUCCCUGUCAACUAGCUGCCCCCUAUGCUAAGGCAGAUGCUAUAAUACAGGCUGGGAUCAGAAGCCAUUCAGACAAGGCUUUGAGAAUCCAGGAUUUAAAAUGUACAAAUGCAUUUCAUUUCUCUAUACCCCAGAGGGGGGAAUUGUUAUUGGACUGAUUGUUAACUGAGGAAAAUCUUAUGAAUCCCUGACACACAGACAACCCUGGGAGUAUGAUGACCCCGGGCCCAAGGGAUCAUAUCAAGACCAUCAGGCAUCACUGAGAGAAGGUAUUUAUUUAACUGAAGGACAAACUAAAUGAUUCUGAAAAGCUCUGGCUUCCUUUCCAGGGGUGGAGGGGAGAGCGGGAGGUACUACACGGUUUGCUGAGUUGAAUUACCCAGAGAAAACUUUUUAAUAAUUGCCUUCAUUGAAACAAGAAGAGAAAAGGGCAGCAUCGUCCAGGUUAAGGGCGGUAGGUUAACUUUUCAUUUCUGGCAUUUCAUGGUUUAUUAUAUCACAGGGCCAUAGUAUUUAGAAUUGGCAAUGACUCAGUUCUCACUUAGCCUCACUUUACAUUUAGCCAUUUUACAUAUAGGGAAAAUGAGGUUCCAGGAAGGGAAGUAACCCAGCGAAAGAUUUUAAAAGAUCAUAGGAAGAUGACCUUGAGAGACUGUCAAGCCAGCUGCCUCCUCUGAGCAGGCAGAAAAACUUAGCAGCUGCUCCUGUUCAGAAGUGCCUUGUAUAUAGCAGGUGCAUAAUAAAGACUUAUUGAUUUGAA